GAUCGUUAUUUGCUUUUCAAUUACUCUGUAUAACUCGACUCCGAUGUCAAAUGUCAGUGUGGCAAAAAUUAUGGAAAAAAGGCGAUCAGCAGAAAGAUGAUCAAAAUAAGGAUGUGGAAGUUUUGGACGGGGAACAGCCAUUUAAUCCUUUCUCUGAGCUGUACUUCCUCCAGCACCACACAGACAUAGUGCGCCAUCUACUGGUCAUCGAUGAAAGGAAGUGUGUCUCAGCUGGGGACGAUGGUUUUGUUGUUAUAUGGGAUAUACAGCUAUGCAUGAAGUUGGUAGUAUUUGAAGCUCAUAUGAGGCCAGUGACAUGCUUCUUAUCAUUUAGUUCAAAGAACAAGGACUCUGACUGGCUUAUAACAGGAUCUUCAGAUAAACACAUAAAAGUUUGGGAUAUUGAUCAAGGCAAAUGUGUACAGGAUAUCACAGAACAUGGAGCUUCCGUCAAGUGUCUGCUUCCUGUUCUUGAUAACAUGUUUCUGUCAGCGGGAGAAAACCUACACCUGUGGUCAGGGGAUGGAACGCUUUUGGACACAUGUUUAAGUGAUGAACGUGAUGCUGACAUUACGCUGUUGAUUUCCACAAAUAUAAAGAAUGAAAGAUUUGUAACGGCCUGUGACAAAGAACUCACUGUUUAUUCCAUCAAGUCAAAUUCGGAUAUGGAUAAAACAGGACACAAAAUAUGUCGUUUGAAGACACUGCCACCGCACUUAGAGGCCAUAGGAACACUGAUACAGGUGUCAGAUAAACUGUUUGCCAGUGGUUCAUUGGAUGGCAUGAUAUUGCUCUGGUCGUCAGAAACAUUCAUGCCAAUGAAGAAAUUGAACACCAUGUCAGAGUACAAGGGAAAAUCUCAUAUCUAUCCAUAUAGUGUGCAGUUUAUUGCUUGUGAGAACCAGAGGUACCUACUGGCAGCUAUUGGUUGUGGUUUUGCUAUGUUUGAUACUCUCUAUAGCAAGCUCCUGUGUAAGAAACUAAACGCCCACUACUCCAAAGUCACUCAACUUACAUUUGUCUGUGAUGGUUUGUUGCUAGCUACCUGCUCAGAGGAUGGCAGCAUUCGUUUGUGGGGUCAAAGGUCGCACAGUAACCCUAAUGAGCAGCUGACAGUAAAAGCUUCUAUGGGACUUAGUCCCAUCGAAAGAUUCUUGGAUAUAAAUUUUGGUCAGUUACAUCAUAACAAAGGGCCUGACCCAUUCCCAGAACCAGCCCUUGUAGGAGAAUGCCUUGGGCACUGUGGAUCUGUGAUGAGAAUAGUGGACAUUGGACUGGAAGGGAUGCUGUCUUGUGGAGCAGACAAUCUGGUUAUUGCAUGGAAGAAUAGUGAGUUGCAGAAAAUGAAGAGAAACCAAGUUGUACAGGAAAAAGUCUUGAACCCCAGCGGUAUUGUUUAACGUCUGCUGACUUUGGAUAUUUAUGAUUCAUCUUCAGCUUGUGUCAACUAGGAUUUUAUAUUUAUCGUUAGACUGAUAUAAUUUAUUUUUGUAUGCAAUUUAUGAUCAUUUCAGGAUUUUGUUGUCUCAUUACAUUAAUUUAAUAUUUUCAUAAUCAUGGACGAUUAGAUUUUUAGCAUACAGGUUUUUAGUAUGAUCAUUAUAUUAAAUAUUAACCAAAUCCAUAAUGGAAGACUGCAUGAUUACGAAAUCAUUCCACGUUCCUGCGAGCUAGACAGUUCUAUACUGAUGUGUGAUACUGUCUGUGUUAUGAAAAAUAUUUUGUAUAUCUUCAAAGUUGUGAGGCUUGUUUGAAAAUGAACGAGAUGUACAUGUCAUUAUCUUUGGUGGAAUGGGAGGGGAGAGGUGGAUCCUAUAACUGUUCGUUAUCUUCACCUUUUCAUGACGUACUGUGCAUACACAGACAUUUUGUAUAUUGCAGUUGCUUCAUAUAGUGGAUUGUUUAGUUAAGAAAACAAAUGUUUUGUUUCUAAUGCAUAAAGGAAUACAUAUAUGUACAUGUAAUAUAAUAGAUGAUUAUCGGGCCUUGUAGCACUUAGUGUACAGGCACAUGUAAUGAAACAUAUUUAUUUAUAAGUCUUAAAGCAUUAACUUUAUGAAUGUGGUGCUUUGUUUUGUGCAAUAGAUGAAAUAAAUUCUCAUUAUCCCAGUG